AUGGACGCUAGCGACGAGAAAAACAUAUGUGAUUUCUUUAAUAUCGAUUCCCUCUUUCAAAAUCAGAAAUUUGCAAUCAAAAACAUUCUUGAUAAAAAAGAUGUUCUUAUUUCAACGAAAACCAGCAGUGGGAAGUCGUUGUGUUACCAGGCGUUACCGGUAUUGACGAGAUCGAGUGUGUUGGUGUUCUCGCCGUUAAUUUCAAUAAUGGAAGAUCAGGUUUCAUUCCUGAAUAGACUUGGACUUAAUUCUACUUCCAAAGGAAACGACACUAAAGACAAUGAUCGUGUUAAAAAGGGUGAUUUCGACGUUAUGUUUACCAGUCCUGAGACUGUGCUAGAAAACGAAAUGUGGAGGGAUGUAUUGAUGUGCAGUCAGUUCAGACAGCGUCUGUGCGCAAUUGUGGUGGAUGAAGCACACAUAGUUUUCCAAUGGGAUGAAGGCACUAAGAACAGUGACCCCUUCCGUAAAUGGUUUUGUAAAACUGGCGAAGUACGCUCACUGUGCCCAGGGUUACCAUUUCUAAUAUUAACAGGCACUGCCAGAAAAAGAACAAAACAGGCACUGCCAGAAAAAGAACAAGACAGGCUAUUGAGAAAAUACUGUGUAUGGAUCUUCCGGUAG